UGUCAUUUUUUCAGGAGUUGUCAUCAGAAGUUUUCCAAGUUUUCUUUCACAAUAAUAAUUACUUUUCCUUGGUGAUUUGGCGAUACAACAAUGGGCCUAAAAGAAGCCGCUAUUUACUUAGAUAACGAAUUGAAUACUUAUUAUGCCGGACAAACUGUAAAUGGGAGGAUUGAAUAUGUUUUUGAUAGCCCGAAAAAAGUUCGAGGUAUUCAAGUAAAGUUUAAAGGUGAAGCACAUACAGAAUGGAGUGAAAGUAAGGAGGAAACCGAUGACCAGGGCAAACCCCAAACGACGGAUACUAUGCAUUCGGGGAAUGAAGAGUAUUUUCAAAUUUCGUACUAUAUUCUUGGGAGCAAUUCAGGUAGUGAAAUAGAAAUACCGGCUGGUAAACAAGUUUACAAUUUUACAUGUGCAUUACCACCAGUGCUGCCAUCUUCCUUUGAAGGUCAACAUGGCUAUGUUAGAUAUACCAUUAAAGUUAUCCUGGAUCGCCCAUGGAAGUUUGAUCAGGAAACUAAAAUAGCAUUUACUGUCAUCAAUGCCCUGGAUCUUAAUCUAAAUCCAUCUUAUAAGCAACCAAUUCAUAUGCAGAUGGAAAAGACAUUUUGUUGCUUUUGUUGUACAUCCCUACCACUGUCGGUAGAUGUGAGGGCUCCUGUCUCAGGAUAUUGUCCCGGACAAGUGAUACCAAUACAAAUUGAUGUGGAAAACAAGAGUAAUGUGGAACUGACUCUUGUCAAAUUAUUUUUGAGGAAGGUUGUUACAUAUAGAGCUACAACUCCAUCCACUGCAACAAAGAAGACCAAGGAAGUGAUCUUGACCAUUCAGCAAGGUCCAGUAGCGGCCGGGGCCACUAACCAUUGGAGCCUUAGUAUGGAGGUGCCUCCACUGCCCCCUUCCAACCUCGUCAAUUGCAGCAUCAUUGAUUUAGAUUACGACUUAAAGGCUGAAUGUGAGGUACCGUUUAUGCAUUUUAAUAUGAAGGACAAGAAGUACAUUACUAUUGGGACUGUCCCACUGGUGGGCAUGAGUGGGCAAAGCGUGCCGUCCGCGCCAAUGCCCGAAGGUGCCCAAGGCCAGCCGGCAGUGUUACCUGUUAGUCCUGGACAACCUAAUAUGCCAAUGGGAGCAGGUGGUGCUGCACCCGGGGGAUGGAUCAUGCCCACUGCGGUGCCUGGACAACCGCCUUACCAAAACCUAUAUCCUACGUUGACUCAGCCAGUAUACAAGGAGUCGCCGUACGCGGCACGUACGAUACAAGACAGGGGUGACAGUAACCACGUGACUAUAGCCGGACCGGCCAACUUCGCCCCAUACUACCCCACGUACGGCGCUGUACAACCCCCACCAUUACCCCAAUAAAAUACAAACCAGUGUAUAUUUGAGUUGUCACGUCGGGGAUAAGAAGACUCUUGGUCACGACGUGCCAAUUUGGGACGGGAUUAGUAUUACUAUGGCUGCUCCUAAUGGUUACGAUUUUUUUUAUAUCAAAGCUUUUAAUAGUAAUGGUGCUUUGAAAUAACUAAUUGGCUUUAAUUGAUAAUGGUGAAAAAUGUAUGCUAUACAAUUUGUAUGGGAUUUUCCUUUUUUGUAUACAUGUAUUUGGUAAGUCUCUUCGACAAUUAUUGUGCGGAAAUCAUCUAAAAUGUUUAUCUAACAGUUACCAAAGUUAAUGAAAAACCGUAAGGCCUAUAUGAAUUCCUAAAAACUUUCAACUUUUUUAUAAUAGUAAUUCAUAAAAUAAGCAAAGUGAAACAUAAAGUUCUGAUAUUUAAGAGCUCAAAUAUUAGUUGCAGUAAGCACUUUCGUAAUCCUUUUUUAUAUACAUUUAUUUACACUUUUUUUUUAUUUUAAUCUGCACGUUUUUAGUCUUCCUUUAAUUAUAUGUGCUAUUGCAUAUACAAAUUUGGCUUUAUACUUACAUAAUUAGUGCCAAAGCGUAACCUAAUAAUUUGUAUAGUGGCGAAGUCUGUCUUGUUUCAAGGAUCAAGGAAAUUUUCUGUAACUGGAACACCGCGGUUUUCCGCGACUGUACUUAUAUUUUGUUUUAAUUUUUUACACGACCUUUGUUAUCAAAUAUUGUUCAUGAGAAAAUAAUGCAUAAAGUUGUAUGUUCCGUCCUUAUAUUUACCAUAUUUAUUUUACCAUUUGCGUCAUAUUUAUAUUGAAGAAACUAAGAGGGAAAA